UUGUUAGGCGCCUUAGCCUAUUAUUGCUUCGCAUAGCCUGGAAGGUUGAACUUAAAAUGAGGGUGCUCCUGAUAUCAUUUAUAGCCUUGGCUACUGUGAUCAAUAACAUAGCAGGGGAUGAUGGAAGUUAUCACCCAGAAAAAUACAAGCCCAGACGCCAAGCUCAAUAUUACAGUCCUCUGAACGGAGCGUACAAGAGCCUGACCGAUCAGAAUGGCAAAUUUGGUUCUAUCUACGAUUUCCAACCGAGAAACGCAAAGGCACUAAAUCAAGAACUAUUAGCGCCUUUCGUCAAAUAUGGAGACGGUGAAGACCCAGCUGCCUUGGCGACUACUUUGAGAUCCGUGUAUUCGACCCCAUACACUCCAGUGGUGUCAACGUACCGACCUCUGGUUUAUUCAACUACAGCCAAACCACAUGAUUAUAGAAUUCAAUACGUCGAUGAUCGUUCAGCACAUAUCGUAAAGCAAGAAAAUGACAUAGAGGCUAAUUCGUAUAAUUUCGCAUAUGAAACCGACAAUGGUAUCGCAGCUGCGGAGUCAGGAAGUGUAGACCCUUCGGUUAGGGGUUCAGGAACAAGAGUGAGGGGCUUCUAUGAGUACAUUGGGCCCGACGGCGUAAAAUAUAGAGUUGACUACACCGCCGACGAAAAUGGCUUCAGGCCUGUUGGCGCUCAUAUACCUCAGAACUGAAUACGGAACCCCUGGACUGCUAAUAUUUUAAACACUGCUAAUAUAUUAAACGUGGUGUAUUCGAACUUCUUCAAUGAGUGUGUUGGAGUUGUUGGUGUGAUUUAGUAACCGCGUGUAAUAAAACGAGCCUUUUGUACUAUAAUCGAGAAACGACAGUGACCUUAAGUAGUAGUUAUAAACGAUUAUCGAUAAUUUCGUGAAGGGGUCGAUAAUUUUCUUUUUUGAUCCCUAAAAAUAAAGUAAUUUAAUUAAUGUCUGAAUACGAUAUGCAACGUGAUUCAUGCGAAACGCUUGUAUGUCUCGAAUACAAGAUUUAUUAAAAAACGUUUUUUAACCCGUUUGUUAGUCAACAUGCUAGACUGACCAUGAAAUCGAAAUUUUGUAACCAUAUUUUAUGUGAUUGUUGUAAUAAAAUUUUGACAUGUUCUAUCAUUUAUUCGUACCCUUAGAUGUUUGCGAAUCAAAUAUCACACUUAAAAUCUUUUUCCACGCAUUUAAUAUUGUCUUUUU